UACAAAACAUUUUUAUAAAACGAUUUUUGUCAGCAAGAAUUUGAUGAAAAUCUAUAAAAAAUGGCUGUCUUUGAAAUUCUUUGUGGAUUUAUUAUAUUUAUUUUCGCCUUUUAUUAUUAUCUAUUGAAACCUCAAGAAUAUUGGAAAAAUCUUGGGGUACCUGGACCCAAGCCAAUACCAAUUUUUGGCAAUUUUUUCCGUUUAACAUUCGCAAGUAUGUCGAUAGGUGAUUUGAUGACAAAAUUUUAUAAAGAAUAUAAACAUGAGCCUGUGUUUGGAUUAUAUAUACGAAACGUGCGUGUUCUGGCUAUAAAUGAUCCUGAUUUAAUCAAAACUGUUCUCAUAAAGGAUUUCUCAAAAUUCGCCCAUCGUGGACUUGCUCUGAAUGAAGUGACGGAGCCACUUUCUCAGCACUUGUUCGUUUUGGAACCAACAAGAUGGCGGCCAUUAAGAACGAAAUUGUCCCCGAUAUUUACAUCGGGCAAACUGAAAGACAUGUUUUCCCUGAUUAUCGAGUGUUCUAAUACCCUCGAGAAUUAUGUUGAACACUUGAUAUCGAAAAACAAUCGUGUCGAAAUACGAGACUUGGCUGCCAAAUUCACCACUGACGUAAUUGGCAGUUGCGGGUUUGGAAUCGAUAUGAACGCUAUGUCAGACGUUCAAUGUAAAUUUCGCAAUAUAGGAAGGGAAUUUUUCGGUCCAAACUUUAAACAGAUAUUGAAGAUUAGACUUAGAGAAAAUUUACCAAGAUUUUACACGUUUUUGGGUUACAUAUUGCCACGAGAUGAAACUACUACUUUUUUCACGAACGUUGUCUUGGAUAUGAUAAAAUAUAGGAGGAAAAACAAUAUCUAUAGGCCGGACUUUAUCAAUACUCUUAUGAAUAUUCAGAAUCAUCCUGAGAAGUUGAACAUAGAAUUAACGGAACCUUUGCUAGUUGCACAAGCAUUCCUUUUCUUCGUGGCUGGCUUCGAAACCUCAUCGUUAACUAUAGCUACCGCCCUUUACGAAUUAGCGCAAAAUCAAGAUAUUCAAGAUAAAUUAAGAGAUGAGAUUACAGAACAUCACAAAUUGAACAAUGGAGAAUGGCAAUACGAAAAUAUUAAAAACAUGCCUUAUUUAGAUGCUGUGUUCAAAGAGACUUUAAGAAAAUACGUACCUUUAACAGUUAUAAUGAGACAAAGUUUGGAAGACUAUACUUUUGAAAGCAUAAAGUUAACUAUUCCAAAGAAUACGAGAAUCUUUAUUCCUAUAUAUGCUAUACAUCGUGAUCCUGAUAUCUAUCCAAAUCCCGAAGUGUUUGAUAUUAAUCGAUUUAGCAAGGAAGCAGAAGCGACAAGACAUCCUAUGCAUUAUUUACCUUUUGGCGAUGGUCCAAGAAAUUGCAUUGGUGCGCGUUUUGCAAUUUUCCAAACCAAAAUUGGAUUGAUAAAAAUUCUUCGUAAUUACAAAGUUGAUGUUUGCAACGAAACACAGAUUCCAUUCAUAAACGAACCACGCACGUUUACUCUAGCUCCCAAACACGACCUUAUUUUAAAAAUUACAAAAAUAGAAAAAAUGUUCGUCAAUCUGGAAACACUUUGUGGAUUCGUAAUAGUGCUUAUUGCGUUUUAUUAUUAUUUAACGGCUAACAACAAUUUCUGGAAAAAUCGUGGCAUACCUGGACCAAAACCCACCAUUGGUUUCGGAAAUAUGCGGGCAGUAAUGUUUGGAAAGGAAUCGUUUCCAGAAUUUCUUACUACUAUAUACAAUGAAUAUAAGGACGAACAGAUGAUUGGAAUAUUUUUUAGAAAAAGGCCUGUCUUGGUUCUCAAAGAUUUUGAUCUCAUCAAAGAUGUUAUGAUUAAAGAUUUUUCCAAAUUCGCGAAUCGAGGAUUUUUAAAAACGAAUCCAAAAGUUCCAUUGACUAACCACCUUUUCGCUCUGGAAGUGAAAAGAUGGCGGCCGCUGAGGAACCAUCUCUCCCCAGUAUUUACAUCGGGCAAAUUGAAAGCAACAUUCGUACAAAUUCUUAACUGUUCCAACGAUCUUGUGACUUAUAUAGACACGUUGUUGAAGAUAGAAGAGUCUAUAAAUAUACGCGAAGUUGCCGCUAAAUUCACCACCGAUGUAAUCGGAAGCUGCGUCUUUGGGAUCGAGAUGAAUUCAUUGUCGGAGAAAGAGAGUGAAUUCCGUCGAAUUGGUAGAAACAUUUUUGCCACUAAUCUUACAAAUAUAUUAAAGAUUAGAUUGCUACAAAGCAUGCCGCUCCUGCAUUCUUUGCUCUGUAAUAUAUUAUCCGACGAAGAAACGGAAAUGUUUAUGAGAAUUACCAAAGAGACAAUCGAAUAUAGAGAGAAGAACAACAUUGUCAGACCGGAUUUUAUGAAUAUACUUCUGGAGCUUAGGAAACAUCCUGAAAAAAUUGCUGAUAUUGAAUUAACGGAUGAUCUGUUAGCCGCACAAGCAUAUAUUUUCUUUGCGGCUGGUUUCGAGACCUCUUCGACAACAAUAUCCAAUGCUCUGUACGAAUUAGCUUUGAAUCACGAUAUUCAAGACAAAUUGCGACAAGAAAUUAAGGAAUUCGAGGCAAAAAAUGACGGAGAGUGGAGGUAUGAAACCAUUAAGGAGAUGCAAUACCUGGGAAAAAUAUUUCAUGAAACGCUAAGAAAGUAUCCAGCAUUGCCAUUUUUGAGCAGAGAAUCAAUGAUCGACGAUUAUACGUUUCGAAAUACUAAAUUAACGAUUUCCAAAGGUACAUUGGUCUGGAUACCCGUUUUUCCCAUUCAUCACGAUCCAAAUAUUUAUCCAGACCCAGAAAAGUUUGAUCCUGAAAAAUUUACCGAGGAUAAGAUAAAAGAAAGGAAUCUCAUGCACUACUUCCCUUUUGGACACGGACCAAGAAACUGUAUAGGUGCACGUUUUGCGAUCUAUCAAACAAAAAUUGGUCUGAUAAAAAUCCUCCGUAAUUACAAGGUUGAUAUUUGCUCUAAAACAUUAAUUCCUUAUAAAUAUGAUCCAUUUUCGUUUAUCUUAGUACCGUUAGAUGGUUUAUAUUUGAAAAUGACUAAAAAAAUGAUCGCCAAUUUGGAAAUUUUCUGUGGCAUAAUAGUAGUACUCAUUGCGUUCUAUUAUUAUAUAACGGCUCGAAACAAUUUUUGGAAAAUUCGUGGUAUACCUGGACCAGAGCCUCUACCUGGAUUCGGCAAUGUCUUGAUGAUAGUUUUAGGGAAGGAAGCGCCUUAUCAAUUUUUAAAGAGGGUGUACAAUGAAUAUAAAAACGAAGCUUUGAUCGGAGUAUUUAUGAAAACAUAUCCUGCCUUGAUUGUCAAAGAUCCCGAUCUUAUCAAGGAUAUCAUGAUUAAAGAUUUUUGCAAGUUUCCUAAUAGAGGAUUUCCAAAAAGUGAUCCAGUAGAUCCACUGAGCCAGCAUCUCUUCUUAGUGGAGGCAGAGAAAUGGCGGCCAUUAAGAACCCAACUAUCUCCAGUGUUCUCAACGGGUAAACUGAAAGGAACAUUCGCUCAAAUUCUUGAUUGUUCCAAUCAUUUUGUGACUUAUAUGGACAAAUUGGUGAAAAUGGGAGAGCCGAUCGACGUGCGAGAAGUUACCGCCAAAUUUACCACGGACGUAAUUGGAAGUUGCGUGUUCGGCAUCAAGAUGAACUCGUUGUCGGAAAAGGAGAGCGAAUUUCGUCGAUUCGGAAGACAAAUUUUUGCUACGAAUUUCUUAAAGAUGUUGAGACUCAGGAUAAAACAAUUCUUGCCGAUGCUUCACUAUUUACUCGUUCGUAUAUUACCAGCGGAUCAAGAAACGAAAAUAAUGUUGAAGUUAACUAAAGACACGUUUAAAUUUAGAGAGACGCACAAUAUUGUCAGACCGGAUUUCAUGAAUAUACUUAUGGAUCUCAAGAAACAUCCUGAAAAGGUUCCUACUCUUGAUUUGACAGAUGGUUUGUUAGCCGCGCAAGCAUUCAUUUUCUUUGCUGCUGGUUUUGAGACCUCCUCGACGACAGUAGCUAAUACCCUUUAUGAAUUAGCUUUGAAUCCUGAUAUCCAAGAAAAAUUGCGACAAGAAAUUAAGGAAUUUGAGGCGAAUAACAAUGGAGAGUGGAAAUACGAAACUAUACAAGAAAUGAAAUAUUUAGAUAAAACAUUUAAAGAAACGCUAAGAAAGUAUCCAGUAUUGCCAUAUUUGAGCAGAAGGGCAGUCGAGGAUUAUACUUUCGAAGGCACUAAAGUAUCGAUUCCCAAAGACACAUUGAUCUGUAUACCAAUUUAUCCUAUUCACCACGAUUCAAGUAUCUAUCCAAAUCCAGGAAAGUUCGAUCCUGAAAGAUUUUCGGAGGAUGAGGUAAAGAAAAGGCAUUCCAUGCAUUAUUUCCCUUUUGGACACGGACCUAGAAAUUGUAUCGGUUUGCGAUUUGCGACUUACCAAUCAAAAAUUGGACUAAUUAAAAUCCUUUCUAAUUACAAAAUUGAUAUUUGUGAUAAAACAGUAAUUCCUUAUAAAUAUAAUCCAUUUUCAUUCAUUUCGUUACCAUUAGGUGGUAUAUUCUUAAAGAUAACCAAAUUAGAGAAUUGAUACAAUGUUCCUUUAAAUUGAUAGAAUUGUUUAAUGUUACGAUAUACAUAUUGUAUAUUAUAAACAUUAUAAACAUAUUAUAUAUAUUUAUGAUAUAUAUAUUAUAUAUAUAUAUAAUUAUUGAGAUAUAUGUAAUUAUUACAGUCAUUGUUAAUUGUGUUAUAAUGAUAUUUUGGCAAGGUUAAGAUGAUAAAAUUGGCAAGCAUUA